AUGGUAAUUGCUAUUGAUGAUCUUUCACUUUAUGUUUUGGAAGUGUUGAGACCAGAUUCAGGAUAUAGGAAGGACUUUGGUGGAUUAGGUGUCUUGACAUUGGCACAGUUAAACCAAUUUAGUAGAUUUAUGGUGUCUCCGGAUCAUGAUGCUCACAGAUAUCCAACUCACAUUGCUGCUUCACCCACCGAGCAGUUUGUCACUGAAGAUCGUUAUGUUUCUCCAGCCAUGGUCCCCGCAUUGGCUGAAGCAUCAUCCCCAUCUGGUGGUCUUGCUUGUGCAGUUGCUGCGGUUGCUGAGAGUCGGCAUAUGGAUGGCGACCCCUCCAGUAAUGUUGUUGGAAAUUCUAGAGCUUUCAGCUUGCUCACAGCUUCUGGAAGGUUAUCUAGUGGGGAGGAGAGAGUAGCAGAUACUUGCCCUUCAGGUAGCUGGAUUGAUAUCUCACCAGAGAGUGGAAGGGCAAUGUCAAGGGGGAAGGCGGAAUGGGGGAUAGAUCAUGGGUCAGAGGUAGCUGAGGCAGGGACUAGCUAUGCGAGCUCUGAUGCUACAGUAGAUGCAGGGGGAGGUGGAUCUUCCCUCCACGAUGGUAUGGAUGACCGGUUUCAGCCUAACAUGGCAGAGACCACCACGCCUGAGAAUUUUGAGGAGCAGAUGAUGCUUGCAAUGGCUGUUUCAAUAGCAGAAGCUCGCUCAAGAACAAGUGUACAAGGAGUUGCAUGGUAUUAG